AUGGCCAUGAAGACAGAUUCAGCUGAUUCGUUAGUUAUUGCUUCUGCCUCUGUCCACUUCGAAAAUAGAUGGCGCUACCAAGUCUACCCGAGCAACCCUGAUACGACGGCUCUUUAUACGUUUGGAAGAGAAUUCAAGAUAGAUUCAUCAGACACUUUGGUAGCCUAUGAUAGGGCGCACGCCUAUCCUGAUUACAACGGACUGGUUCGAGUCGUAGAUUUACCUCUGAGUGAUAACCAGCCGUUUGGCGUGUAUUACGUUAACGCAACCAUAGGGAACAGAACAUCGAAGAUAACCACAGCAGUGAUAGAUGAACAUGCCACAAUACUACCAAUAAACGCCACCGUUAGUGUCACUGUAAGCGUCGGAGAACGGUUGGCAAUUGGCUUUGCUGGGCUAGACACAACUAAGAAUAUUGUAUGGAGAAAAAAUGGCAAUAUUUUGAGACUACCAUCAAACAGUAACAUCUUGAGGUUUAACCAGGUAACUGUAGAUAACGCAGGAAUAUACGAAGCGUGUCCAAGUGGACAAAGAUUACUGAGGCUCCACUCUUUCAUCAAAGUAAUUGUUAGAGGCUGUCCGUCUAACAAAUGGGGACCACCGACUUGUUUGGGAAUAUGCGAUAAUUGCUACAAUGGUGGUGUGUGUGAAGUGGAAACAGGAAGUUGUAUUUGUCCCGCUGGUUUCAUGGGAAGCAAUUGCCUCACAGCGUGUGGGGGUAACAGAUUCGGAUGGGGUUGUGAACGAAGAUGUGCAUGGAGUGAGACCGAUCCCAAAGAUGCUUGUAUCGGAGAUAUAUUUUGUCUCCCGGAACCAGCUGGAUGUCGGUGUGCUGCCGGUUUUACAGGAUUGCAAUGCAUUUCCGGAUGUCCUGAUGGAAAAUACGGUGCAGGCUGCAAGCAAGUCUGCCGCUGUAAAUCGAAAUCAUGUAAUCGGUUCACUGGCGCAUGCUCAAAGUGUAUGACAUCAUGGAAUGGGGAAUCCUGUCAGAUUCCUGAUGUGUGUCCUGAUGGUUACUAUGGAGAUAAUUGCAUUUAUAAAUGUCAUUGUAAGGAUGACACAGGCUGUCACAAGAAUACUGGGUUUUGUGCAAAUGGUCAAUGUGCAGUUGGAUACACGCUUUCAACUGCCAACAUCUGUGAACCUUGCCUAGACAAUUCAUUCGGAGAUGGCUGUAGUAAGACAUGUAACUGUGCAUCGAGUUCUUGCCAUCACGAAAGAGGCUGUUCUGGUAGCUGUUUUGAUUACUGGUUGAAGCCAUCGUGUACUGUAGGAAUUGUGGCUACAGCAUAUGACAAAUGCAACCCAGGUGAACAUACAAACAUUACCUGUGCAGUAUCUGGUAAUUUAAGUGGAGUCGAAAUCCGUUUACAAAUCAAAAGCAAUCAUUCACCCACAAUCAAACCAGUAAGAGUGGAAAAUCUUGAGGGCUUCUCAUUGGCCAGAUUUAGUGCCGAAGCAGAUGUUUCAAGGGAAUACCUUUGUCAGAUUCAACAUGGUUUGUACUGGGCUAUUCGCGCUAUAAAUCUCGACGUUUACGAUCUACCUGUCUAUAAUGGCAAACCAUCUGUCUUGAAUUCAACACACUCUUCGGUGACGUUUGAAUGGCGGCCGUGGAGCAUUAAUAAAGGAGACACGGGUGAAGGUCCUGUUAUUGAUUACGUCGUCUUCUAUAAACGGUCACGCGAUCAAGAAUGGAACUCUCUCCCCAGUACAUCUGGAAUGACAACAGCGGAAGUGAAGCAAUUAGAAGAAAUUACUGAAUACGAAUUUGCUCUUGCAGCCGUCAGACCCGGCAUCGGAGGUCGCGGAAAAAUGAGCUUUGUUUCGACGUCUACCACUAGUUGUUCACCUCCUGUAAUACCGUUCAGUACACUCACAAUUUAUGGGGACUCAUCGAGGCAACUUACGGUUAAUUUGUCGGCUCCUCAGGUCGCUAUGACUUGCCCGAUCACGGUCUUCAAAAUUUAUUACUCUGAAGUUGGUUUCGAAGCAAAUGAAACGCAGAUUGUCGUCAGCGCCUCUGCCAGAGAGUACGUCAUCAGGAAUCUGAAAACUUUUACUGCUUACAACGUGGAAAUAACGUCAAGAAACCAAGAUUACGAAAGCCACCGGUCUUCAACUACGGUCUAUACGGCUGAAGAAAAAUCGGCACCACCAAUAGUUUUCGUGUGCAGUGACUCGCUAUUAAAACUUUACAUUGGAACAAACAGUUUGGGAAUUUUUGGUAACGUCACCCACUUUUCCAUAAGAUACGCGAGAAAAGAGCAAAAUGCCAACAAUGGGACAUGGCAACUGGUGAAGCUAGGUUCAAAAAAUGGUUCUGCCACUUGGAUUGGAGACAAUCUGAGAACAGAUGAAUCAUACAACUUCCAGGUCAGAGCUGUAAACAGUCUAGGUGCGGGCCGGUGGAGUAAGACACUUUCUGCUAUAUCACGGAAUGGUGGAAAUGCGAACUUCAUUGGUAUCAUAUGUACUGCUCUUGUCCUUUUAAUUUCGUUAGUUAUCAACGCUAUCUUUUUGAUCAUCUGCUGGAUAACGCGACAUGUUCCUAAUGAUACUGAAGGCCCCGAGCAUAGCACAAGAACUGCUUCAGAAAAACACAAGUAUAGACGUGCACAGAAAAAAGUAGAAAGAGAAGUGAUCAAUAGUAAUGCCGCAGAAAGUAUCUAUGAAGAAUUGGAUAAUCCAGACGUUAACUUUUAUAUGUAGUGGAUCCUCGUUGAGGAUCCACUUCAUAAUAA